AUGUCAGACUUCCCCACCUCCUCCACUCCCACCCCAACUAUGGAUCACUGCGACUAUGGCGACUGGUAUCCCUCCUUCUCCAUCAUCCCGUCUGUCUAUGUUCUGGCCUUCUUGGUGGGUUGCCUUGGUAACAGCUUAGUGCUCUCGGUGUACCUGCUUCGACCCAACGGACGAAGCUACAGAGCUUCCUCUCAUUCCUUCACCUCUUCCUCGUGUCCUCCCUCCAUCCCUCGGCCCUCUCACUCCCUCACAGAUUCUCUGAUAGCCAGUUUGGCGUUAGCUGACCUAUGCUUCCUUGUAACUCUCCCUCUUUGGGCUACCUACACAGCAAUGGGCUAUCACUGGCCUUUUGGGCAACCCCUUUGCCAGAUCAGCAGCUUCCUCACCGCCCUCAACAUGUACGCCAGCGUAUUCAGUCUGAGCACGCUCAGUGUGGAGCGGUACUGGGUCCUGACGGGACGGCGGCACUCCGGCCACCAUCCUUCGCCGAGGUGUCCCAGCAGGACGCUGUGGAUACUCGUAGCGGUGUGGAUGGUAGCAGCGGUCCUGGCUCUUCCUGGUUUGCUGCUGCGCUCUGUCAGGGAAGUGGAACUUGACCCCAAGUCUGAGGAUGACCCCGGAUCUGUAGUCCUUUCCUGCCAGAUGGAUUACUCCAUGCUGGUUGGGGCAGAGCUCGAAGAGGCUGAAAAAGACAGGGCAGAGGUGUGGUGGGGCGCCGUGUUGAGCUUAAAGUCAACCCUAAUUGGCUUCCUGCUACCGCUUGUCAUCAUGCUCGUCUGCUACUGCUCAUUGGCUCAGCUGCUCAGCAAGCACUUUGGACGUGGCCCCCGUCCCGACCGCAGGCGCCAGCGCAGACUCCUCAGGGUCAUUGUCACUUUAGUGACGGCCUUCUUCCUCUGCUGGAUGCCACUCAAUGUCAACAAGACGGUCUCCAUCCUGCUGGAGUUGGGCUUCGUCCCAUAUUCGUGUUCUCUAGACCAGGCUCUGCUGGCCGCUCAUCCGUACGUCACCUGUUUGGCUUACCUCAACUCCUGCCUGAACCCUCUGCUCUACGCCGCAUGUGACCCUUCAUUCAGGGAACGAUGCAGAGCAACUCUGCUCGCGUGUUGCGGGAUGUGCAGAAGAGAAGCAGAGGGAGACGGGAGGAAAGAAGAACGAGAGAAACAGCAGAGGAGCUCAACGGUUCCGGCAGGGACACAAGAGGACGAAGAGGAAGAGGACAGGUUAUGA